AUGAGUGAACCCCACGUCCCCACCGCUGCCGCGCAGCAGCCCUCUGCAGAAACAACCGCUAACGCUCUCCUCGCAGCAGACCCGACUGUGCACACGAACCCGCAGGCACCGCUGCCCCCGGCCGCGUCUGGUGCCGCCACCGCCUCUGCUAGUGUGGCGGAAGCGAAGCCGGUGACUGCCACGCUGUCAGACGUAGCCGACUCAACGGAGCCGUUGCUCAUGGGCAAGGUUGUGUCCUCAGCGAUCGGCCAUGGGCGCUCGCAGCCCUGCACCUCUGACCUCAACGCUGCUCAAAGCGGUGCAGGUGCCCCAGUGGGUGCUAAUGUUGGCGAGCAGGACAGGUGCCCUUCACCCGCGAAAUCGACGUCGUCUUCCUCUUCUUCGCGCAGUGGCGACGAGUCCAGCGAGGAGGCGGCAGACUUGGAAACGAAGGAACUCGUGUUCGACUUUGGACGCUACGUCGGCCAGGUGAAUCCGCGGACGGGACUCCGUCAUGGCCACGGGUGUCAGCACUACAACAACGGCAACGUCUACACGGGCGAGUGGCGUGAUGGCACCCCCGACAGCUUUGGCGAGAAGCGCUACGGGAACGGGGAUGUCUACCGCGGCAACUGGUGCCAAGGGAAGCGCUCCGGCCGUGGUGUGUAUUCCUUUGCACAGGGAGACAGCUACGAAGGCAUGUACGCGGACGACAAACCGGAGGGCCAGGGCACCUACUCCACCCUCCAAGGAGAUCGCUACGCGGGGCAGUGGAAAGCUGGGCAGAAGCACGGCAAAGGUCGCGAGACUCUCGCGAAUGGGCAGGUGUUUGUCGGCAACUGGCGUUACGGCAAGAAGCAGGGUCGUGGCAAGCUCUACCUUCCCGACUCUGAGAAGUGCAUCUGCGGAAUAUGGAACGACGACAAGUUCUUUCGCGAGCUCACGGCCAACGAAAUGGCCGCGGAUGGCGCCGAAGACGUUGUGGGCGAGUUUGGCGCUCAACACAAUCCGUCCGCGUCGUCUGUGGCGCUGCCACAGACAAAAUCCCUUUCAUCCAACGCGAGCAUAGCUGAUCGUGUGCUCAUGGGGGUGACGGCGCUGGAAAACCGCAUGGAGUCGCUCGGGAGAGCGCUGGAGAAGGUGAUCACAGGCGGUGACGGAGACAAGAACGUGCAUGUGCCACGUGCCGCAGCCGUUGGGACCGCUGGUUCGACGGCAGGCGAUGUAGCCGUCUCAGAGGAAUAUGCUGAGCCUCAGGCGCAAAGCUUCGUCGUCAACAGCCACCAAGCGAAUGACGAGGACGGUGAACAGGGCUAG